CUCUCCUGUUUUUCUCACAUCGUGUGUAGAUUUGUGAAGUAAUAUUUAUGCAAGCAAAAGAGUAAUAUUUAAUUUAUUUACUACUAGCAUGUAAUAUAAAAUGGAGGCGAUGCUUACAAGAAAAUUUUGCCAGAGGUGCUUUUGCUUACUGAGUAAAAAAUUGAAUUUACCAGUUCUUGCAUCACAGUCAGCACGCAGUUACCAGUUUAUUACUUCAAAUUCCAAAAUAUCCUACCAGUAUCUACAACUUAUUAAUCCACAAAAUACUGUAAGACCAUACAGUACAUCCCAAGGUGAAUCAUCAAAACCACAGGAAAAUCCAAAAACCUCUGGUUAUUUAUCAUGGAAAGGAUUGGGAAUUAUAACAGCUAUAGGAGGUGUUGGUUUAUUAGGCGUACGAUAUGUUAAAAAAGAAAAAGAAUUGGCAAUAGCUAAAGAAAGAAGUAGAUCUUUAGGAAAGGCUUCAUUAGGUGGACCAUGGGCUUUAGUAGAUCAUAAUGGAAAAUUAACAGCAAGUACAGAUUUUCAUGGAAAAUGGGUACUACUAUAUUUUGGCUUCACUCAUUGUCCUGAUAUUUGCCCAGAUGAAUUGGAGAAAAUGAUAAAAGCUGUGGACAAAAUAGAUGAGGAUGAUAAUUUACCUAAUGUAUCCCCAUUAUUUAUAACUGUUGAUCCAGAACGAGACACGGUUAGUGCUGUAAGAAACUAUGUUAAAGAAUUUUCACACAAGUUAAUUGGUUUAACUGGUACAAAAGAACAAGUUAAUCAAGCAACUAGAGCAUAUCGAGUAUAUUACAGUAAUGGACCAAAAGAUGAAGAUGAAGAUUAUAUUGUUGAUCAUACAAUUAUUAUGUACCUGAUUGGACCAGAUGGGGAAUUUAUCGAUUACUAUGGACAAAAUAAAACAUAUGAUCAAAUAGCUACAAGUAUAAGUUUACAUAUGACUCAAUUUAAACAAAUAAAAUCUUAGUCCAUGUAUAUCAUAGGUUAUUUUACAAUAGAACUGGGAAGAAAUUUCUGCUUUGACUAGAAUUGUGAUUUCUAAGAAUAAAUGGAAAGCUUUGAAUAUUUGGAUGGAAUAUAAUAUAUCAUACUGAUCAGCAGUGAAUAUUCGCUACGCCGCGACAAUCACUGAUAAGGAUUACAUCGAUGCGACUUAAUGAGCCACAAUUAUUAACUUUUUUCCUCCGACAAAUUAAAUUCUAAAACAUUUUUUUUAUGUAUUAGAAAAAUAAACAAAGACGUUUGACGUAUUUGUAGGUAAAAAUUAUUUCCUAUUUAGUGUAAAUGGGUAUUAAAAUGAGUAAAAGGCUCCAUUCCGCCCGAACCAGUAAGGUCUUAUGUAAUCAAUGCAUAUGCCAUUGAGCCAAUGAUUGAUGCCGUGUGAUGAAAAGUCACGUGUUAAAGGUAGUCAUCUUUUACAGAGAUAUUAGAAGACUUUCGUAAUCCUCUGUAAAACAGAUUGAUAAUAUAUAGCUUUAUGAUCUGAAACAUGUCUGUAUAGCAACUUUAAUGUUAAUUUGCAGAAUGUAGAAACUUAAAAAUUACUACUAAGUUUUAAUUUCUUGUUUGCUGUAAGUUUUGUUAACAUGUAGCCACUGCAUGAAAAAUAAUGAAAUGCUUCUAAUAAGAUGGAUUUGUUUAUACUUUUUGGUUUGGUAAACAAAAUGUUUACAAAGAGUGAUCAUUAUGUCUGUGUUCUCUAAUUGAUCUUCAAAUGCUUCCUUUCAAAAUUUCACAUUUCUUUCCCAAAAAUUACUGGUUAAUGGAAUAAUUAAUAUGGACCAUGGUGAUAAGUUCAUCUUUGUUCAACUAAUUUGGCUGACAUGGUGACAACCAAGGCAUCUUGUCCCACUUGUGUGGGUGCCAUGUUGACGUCUUGUUCAACUAGCAUAGUUUGCUUAAUAACUGCGUUUGUGGUGAUGGGUAUAGUAUUUUUUCACGGCCACAUUUUCACAUGGACGUAUAUUGUCGUCGCCCCUGUCCGUCCAGACGUCAAGCCGUCCACAAUUUGUUUGUGGACACUCUACAGGUCACAAUUCUUAUCCAAUUUUGACGAAACUUAAAAUAUAGGUUUAUCUCCAAAAGAUCUUGGUUCCUUUCGAUACUGGCAUGCAUCGGAUCAAAACUUCAUGGAUUAUGGCCCCUGUUUGUAUGAAAAAUCAAGUUUUUUCUUGUGGACCCUAUCGAGGUCACAAUUUUUAUCCGAUUUUGAUAAAACUUGAAAUGCAUGUUUAUAACCCAAAGAUCUUGGUUCCUUUUCAUAUUUCGGAUUGUAACUUCAUGAAAUAUGGCCCCUGAUUGUACGAAAAUUCGUGUUUUCAGCUAGAAGUCACAAUUAUUAUCCGAUUUAAAAAAACGUUUGACUCUAUCACUUUUUAUUUUUUAGCUUGUUCUCUAUCCAUCUCUUGCAAAAUGUGGGCGUAUCUUGCCUGGCAGCCGCUGGUUUAUGUUGACUGGAGUUAUAGGAUACUGUUGCAAUAUAGUAAGUUUGUAAUAAUUGUACCGGUACAUGUUGGUUUGUUGUGUGAUUUUCUUGUUCUAAUAAUGUCACUGAGCAGCAAAACAAUAUCAGAGUUCAGAUGCUCUGUUAAUUCAUUAUUACAUACUCCAGUAUAAAGAGUUCAACCUUUUUAUAUCCUUGAAUAUAUUUCUAAACGGAAACCAGUACAACAAUUUCAGACUCACCUUUUCCCUUUUUAAUUGUCAAACUGUAUAUUAUGUAGUUUGCUUUAUACAAUAACCAAUAAUUUUUGUUAAUAAAAUAUUGAAAAUUU